AUGUCUGCGAAAUCAACACAAGGGCCUGGCGGCAAGAAGCCCGCCUCCGCAGCGACCAACUUGAUCGCUGGCGGAGGAGCUGGAAUGAUGGAGGCGCUCGUGUGCCAUCCUUUAGACACGAUCAAAGUCCGCAUGCAACUUUCCAAGCGAGCGCGCAUGCCUGGUGCCCCGAAGCGUGGAUUCAUCAAGACAGGUAGCGAGAUUGUAAAACGUGAGACGGCAUUGGGACUGUACAAAGGUCUCGGUGCUGUCCUUACCGGCAUUGUACCCAAGAUGGCCAUUCGCUUCACUUCGUACGAGUGGUACAAGCAGCUGCUCGCAGACCAGGAGGGAAAGGUAUCCGCGAAAUCAACGUUCAUGGCUGGUCUCGCCGCUGGUGUCACGGAAGCUGUUCUCGUUGUCACACCCAUGGAAGUAGUCAAGAUUCGCUUGCAGGCACAACACCACUCCAUGGCCGAUCCGCUCGAUGUUCCCAAGUACCGGAACGCUGCACACGCGCUCUACACGGUUGUGAAGGAGGAGGGAGCCGGCGCGCUGUGGCGUGGUGUGUCGCUCACAGCGCUGCGACAGGGAACGAACCAAGCUGCCAACUUUACAGCAUACUCGGAGCUGAGAUCGCAACUGCAGAAGUACCAAGGCACGACAGAUCUGCCCGGAUGGCAGACGUCUUGUAUCGGACUCAUCUCUGGUGCCAUGGGACCCUUCUCUAACGCUCCCAUUGACACGAUCAAGACCAGACUGCAGAAGACACCUGCAGAGGCAGGGCAGAGUGCAAUGGCCAGGAUCACUGCCAUCGCAGGUGACAUGUGGAAGCAGGAGGGUGUGAAGAGUUUCUACAAGGGCAUCACUCCCCGCGUGAUGCGUGUUGCUCCUGGACAGGCGGUUACAUUCACCGUGUACGAGUACCUGAAGGGCAUCCUCGAGAAGGGACGGGAGAUGAUUCCUGGCGGCCAGUACGAGGAGUAG